UUUAGAUUAAACUUCAAAAGUGAAAGAAUAAAAAUAGACCUAGUCAAUAUAGAGAGGUCUAGUCAAUAUAUAGGAUCAGCCAUGCUAUAGACAAGGACACUAGCCAAAUAACAUGUAACUAAUGUGCCAACAUGACUCUCCAGGAAGGACUAGUAAAGGCACUCAUUGCCUACUGUUUGGAGAAUUCAUCAUUUAAAGAAACCUUGGAGAUAUUUGGUAGCCUAACUGUUAUCUCAGAUGAUACUAAAAUACUUGCAGAUAUCAAUGAGAAAUUUCAAAAGGUUGAACCUCGAUUUGAUAUUCAACCACUUGAAAGUGAUGAAAUUUGCUCUACAGAAACUCUAAUAUUUAAUGGUAUUAAUACUCCCACAAAACCAAAUAAGACUGAUGAUACUACAACUCUAGUUGAUGACAAACAUGAGUUUGAUACCACUUCCUCAGAAAAACUCCAGAAGUUAGAUGUUAACUUCGAAAGCUCUAGUGAACAAGCUGUGCAAAGAAAGAAUGGUGGGAAAGGGGGUCGCAGGAUUGCAAAUCUGAGUGAUGAAGAUGAUCCUAUCCCAAAGGAUAUUGAGGAUGAAGUCAAUGCUUUAAUGAUGAGAGAUCCAAAAGAAACUGCAAUAGAAAUCAGCAAAUACCUUAAGGAUCAUGGAAUACUACAAAUUCGUGUAAAAGAUGAAAUUGGGGUAUCAAAGGCCAUGCUUAGCAUGCAUCUUAAUGGUUCAAGCAACAUGAGUGCUCCUCUGCGGAAGAAAUUAUAUGCUUGGUAUAUAAAUGAUGUGAAAGACAGACUACAAGAUAAAAAUGAAGUUAUAGCUACAUUUACCAAACGAAGUAAGAGAAAGGCAAAAAAGCCAAGGAUAAAAUGGAACCCUGGUCAAUUGAAAUAUCUUGCUGAAAAGCUCAAGUUGAAUCCCUACCCUGGCCAUGCAGACCUCACCAACUUUAAAAGUGCCCUGAAUACACUCAAAGAAGAUGAACAAGAUGACGAGGUUGACAAAGACAGUGUCUAUAAUUGGUUCACUAAUGCCAGGAAACAACACAAGUUUAAACCAGUUUUAUGCAAUGAUGUUGAUAAUGUCAGUGUUGAAACCAGGAAAAGGAUGUUGAGUGAUCAUGGUCCAGCAGAUAGUCCCAUUGUUCAACAUGUAAUGCCAGAAAAAAGCACUGAGGACAAUCACAACAUGCAAAUUAAUGAAGAAAUUGAAGAAGUGCCUGCUAAAAGUAGUGAUAUGAUUGACUCCAGCAAAGAAGAUAUAAACCAAGGGCCUCAGGAGUUAAGUGCAAUCGAUUCUAAAGCCGAGUCUCCUGGGAUAGAAACAUCUCAAGUUAUCCCUGAAAAUCAACCAAUUUUCAAUGAAGAUGAUCUUCCCCCAAGCUGGCAAACUGAUAUGAACAUUACAUGCCCUGUGUGUGAUAGAGAGUUCGCAACUAUGAGGCACUACAACCAACAUAUAAGAUCUGAAAAUGUUGACCUAGUCUGUGGAAUAUGUGGUUUUGAAGGCAAAUAUUUAGAAAAUCUCAAAAAUCACCUCCUCUCUCAUCUUGAUUUGAGCAUGACAUGCAUUGUAUGUAAAGAAGCCUUCACAGUUAAAACCAAAUACAAUGAGCAUCUUAAGUCUGAACAUCCUAACUCAGUUUGUGGAUUUUGUAACAAAGACUGCCAUAAUUUACCAUUUCUGAAAGCACAUCUGAAAUACCAUAAAGAAUCUCAAGUGGACAGACAAAGAGAUGGUCAAAGGAGGUUCAGGGAGAUAUGUGUAGUAUGUAAGAAGGAGUUCACCGACAGAGUUGAGUACGACAAGCAUUUAGGAGAGGAGCAUCCAGACAAUACAUGUAACCUAUGUGGCAAGAAGUUCAACUUUAUGUGCCAUCUCAAGACUCAUCUGAAGAAACAUGGUUUUCGUAAAGAGUACAAAUGUACAAUUUGUGAACGCCAAUUUAAUUACAACAUUAGCUUUAAGAUUCACAUGAUGACUCAUACCAACUUGCGUCCAUUCUUGUGUGACUUGUGUGGCAAAUCCUUUUCUACCAGACAACAACUCUCUUUUCACAGUCUGGAUCAUACAGGUGAAAGACCCCACAAGUGUAAGAUCUGCUCCAAGCGGUUCAAAACUCGUGGAAAUUUGAAGAUACAUCAAUUCAGUCAUUCUGAGGCACGGGAAUGGAUCUGUCAGACAUGCUCUAAAGCAUUCAAGACGAAAGCCCAUCUUGUUGGGCACAUGUUGAGCCACAAGGAUGCAUACGACCACCCUUGUACCAAGUGUGAAAAAUCUUUCAAGACAUCUAAUUGUCUUAAGAUGCAUCUUAAUAGACAUGAAGCUAAGAAACGUUUCCCAUGCAAGGUUUGUGGCAAGUUGUUCCAAACAAUGACCAACUGUCAGACUCACACCAAGUCGGUCCAUACAGAUGCUUUACUGAAAUGUCCCCAUUGUGAUAGGUACUUCAAGACUGGUUCUGGAAUGCGACGUCAUCAGCAGCUAGAGCAUAAUGAUGGCAACAAGCCAUUUAUGUGUCAGUUUUGCGGCAAGGAUUUCCCCAUCAAAGCCUACCUCAUGUCUCACAUCAAGAGCCAACAUGAUGUGUCUGACUGUAUUGAUGAUGCUACAGAAGCUCAAGAGUUUACUCAGUCCAUGUUAAAACAACUAGCUGACAAGCCUGAAGUGGAGGACACCAUCAACACUCAAGAAUAUCAAGAUUUCAACUAUGAAGCCACGGAUGGAACUGGUACUAUAAUGACACUUAAAAAUGUACCUCAGCAGUUCAUCACCAAUUCGGAACAAGCUAAUGUUGAACUCGUUGUGACUCAUGAGCCUGAAGUUCAGAGUGAUGGUCGGGAUAAUCUAGCUGAAGGAUUUGAUUACCAAGACCAUCAUGUUUUUCCGCAGUCUGAGGAUUAUCAGGGCUCUGUUCAAUUGGACAGUCGGAACAAUGUAGGAUCAAUGGUUGUCAUUGACAGCAAUCUGAAAAGUGAUUUGAAUAUCAAUGACACGGUGACAAUUAUAUCUCAGCCAUCUUUAGAAGUGGCUCCACCUGUUGUAUCUCAAACACAUCACAUGCUGCCAUCUAUUGAUAAUGUCCAAUCAAAUCCAUCCCAUAAUAUGUUAAUGCAGUUGAGAGUGCCUGGGAUGGAUGAAACUACACUCUCAGACUCAGGUCAGUCAGGGGCUGUACAAAGCACAAGUGGGGAUCAGACUAUGCAAUAUUUACUUAAUAUUCCCCAUACAGCUGCUAGUCAGGUUCAAACUCCCCUGGAAGAAUUUGCUACACAUGUUUUGAUGCCAAAUGUGAGGCAACACUUCCAGCAGAUGUAACUUUUGGUACAGAUUUAGCAUAUUGUUAUAUCGGUGCAUUGCCUCUGACAUACCCUGGCAUGUUUGUCAAACGAUAUUUCUAUAGUCAGAAGUGACCAUCACACACACACACCCAACGGGAAACAUAAAAUUCACCACCUUCAAAUUUAGUGCUCAGUUUAUCAGUUUGUCAUAUGUCAAUAUAUUGUUAGUUAUAUCUUGGUAAGAAACCCAGGGAAAUUGAUUCAUUGACAUAAUUCAUUAUUGAUGUAUAUCAAAGUAGAAAUACUUGAUGGACCAACGUGCAGUAUUAGAGUGGGAGGGGUGUUUAAUGCAUUUACUGAACUAUCCUUUGAAUGAAUUAACCCUUUUAACCUGCUCAAAAUCCUCAACUAGAUGUCUAAGUGUGUUAUGGGGAAAUCAAAAUAAUAACAAAAGAUAGAUAUGGUUACAAUGCUGAAUAUGGUAACUAAAUAUGUAUGUGUACAAGGAAUGAAAUUGAAUUGUUGUAAUGUGUAUUUUUAGUACUAUUUACAUGAAGAAUGGGAUGUUGUUAAAUUGAUAAGUUAUAAUUGUUUGCAUGCAUUAUUUGUAAUGAAUAUACUUUUAAAAAUUCUUUGAUUUAUUUGCGAAUGUCUGAUUGCU